CUAGAAGACUGCGAUGGCGUUCCUGUGUCAGCGCGACAGCUACGCACGGGAGUUCACCACCACCGUGGUCUCUUGCUGUCCCGCCGAGCUACAGACGGACGGGAACGGCAGCAAGAAAGAAGUGCUGAGCGGUUUCCAAGUGGUUCUGGAAGACACCCUGCUUUUCCCCGAGGGUGGGGGCCAGCCUGAUGACCGUGGCACCAUCAAUGACAUCUCUGUGCUGAGGGUGACCCGUCGUGGGGCCCAGGCCGAUCACUUCACGCAGACACCUCUGUCCCCUGGGAGUCAGGUCCAGGUCCGGGUGGACUGGGAGCGGAGGUUUGACCACAUGCAGCAGCAUUCAGGGCAACAUCUCAUCACCGCUGUUGCUGACCUUCUCUUUGGGCUGAAGACAACAUCAUGGGAAUUAGGGAAACUCCGGUGUGUGAUCGAGUUGGACAGCCCUUCUGUGACUGCUGAGCAGGUAGCUGCCAUCGAGCAGAGUGUCAAUCAGAAAAUCCGAGACCGGCUGCCCGUGAGUGUGCGAGAGCUGAGCCUCGAUGACCCUGAGGUGGAGCAGGUGAGGGGCCGGGGCUUGCCCGACGAUCAUGCUGGGCCCAUUCGAGUUGUUACCAUCGAGGGUGUUGACUCCAACAUGUGCUGUGGGACGCACGUAAACAAUCUCAGUGACCUUCAGGUCAUUAAGAUUCUGGGCACUGAGAAAGGGAAAAAGAACAAAAGCAACCUGAUAUUUCUGGCUGGGAACCGGGUACUGAAGUGGAUGGAGCGAAGUCAUGGAAGUGAAAAGGCCCUGACCUCACUACUUAAGUGUGGAGCAGAGGAUCACGUGGAAGCCGUGAAAAAACUCCAGAAUGCCACCAAGCUCCUGCAGAAGAACAACCUGAACCUCCUUAGAGACCUGGCUGUGCACACUGCCCACACCCUCAGGAGCAGCCCAGCCUGGGGAGGCGUGGUCACACUACACAGGAAAGAGGGUGACUCUGAAUUCAUGAAUAUCAUCGCCAAUGAGAUUGGGUCAGAGGAGACCCUCCUGUUCUUAACUGUGGGGGACGAGAAAGGUGCUGGGCUCUUCUUACUGGCAGGCCCGACAGAGGCUGUGGAGACCCUGGGGCCCAGGGUAGCUGAAGUCUUGGAAGGCAAAGGAGCAGGGAAGAAAGGCCGCUUCCAGGGCAAGGCCACCAAGAUGAGUCGACGGGCAGAGGUGCAGGCGCUUCUGCAGGACUAUGUCAGCACACAGAGUGCUGAGGAGUGAGGGGCCAAGAUGCCAUCCCUGUGACCACAGCACUUGCUUGGAUAGUAAAAUAUCAUGACUCAAAUAUGACUGCGUACUGCUGUGUAUGUUACUGUGCAUGAUCCGAACACUGCGUUCCAGUGCUGAGCGAUUAGCACUGUGCAUCGUUUCUAGCUUGGCUCCAUCAGGUUGCACCCUCCAGGAGUGGACAUUAAGUCAAUGAAAGUUGCGGACUGAUCUAGGUCCUGCCUAAGGCUUCAUGCUGUGGUAUAGUUGCUUAUGGCUAGUGCAGGACUCGACCCAGGGCUUAGUCUAUCCAAAUCUCCUUGCUUUAUUUUGUCUGGUUUGUUUAAAGAUAUAUUUAUUAUAUACACAGUAUUCUGCAUAUAUAUCUGCGUGUCAGAGGGUAUCAGAUCCCCAUUACAGAUGGUUGUUAGCCACCAUGUGGUUGCUGGGAAUUGAACUCAGGACCUCUGGAAGAGCAGUCAGUGCUCUCAACCUCUGAGCCAUCUCUCCAGCCUUUUUUUAUUUUUUUGAGGCAGUCUUUGUCACCCAGGCUGGCCUCACAAUCAUAAGUGUUGAGAUUAUGGACAUAGGCUUCCGGCUUUCAUACCUCAGUGUAUGUGUGUACACAUGUGUGAACAUGUGUAUGGAGACAACAGCAGUUGUCCUCAAGGUACCAUCCUGUUACUGGUCUUUGGCUACUUUGUGGGUUCUUCUUUCUUCUACCCUUCUCCACCCCUUUUCUUUAACCCUUUCAACCCCUUAACACUAAGUAGGAGAGAAAAAAGGAUAGAGAAGGAAGAAAAAAGCUCCCUGAAUCAAAAGUCAGGGGUUGGAAAGAGAGCAGUGCCAUCACUAGACUACUUCCUGCUGAUGAGGAGAUAGAGUUCCUAGGGCAAGUUUGAUCUUUGCAGUCUGGGUAUCUAAUUUCUUCUUCUUUCUCCUUUGUGCACGACUGCUUUUUUUUAAAAAAAAACUUUUUUAGAUCUAUUUAUUUAUUACAUACAUAGUGUUCUGCAUAUAUAUAUGACAGACGAGGGCACCAGAUCUUACUAUAGAUGGCUGUGAGCCACCAUGUGGUUGCUGGGAAUCGAACUCAGGACCUCUGGAAGAGGAGUCAGUGCUCUUAACCGCUGAGCCAUCUUUCCAGCCCUGUGCAUGACUGCUUAACAAACCAUGACCACCACCAACAAUCACCUGCUGCUCAGGGCCCUCUAAAGGGAGGGGCCCCAGAAUUUCAAAUGUCACACAAUUGCAGAAACUAUGGAGAGCACAAGGCAAAUCAUAGUCAGCUGCUGCAAAGUAGACCCAUAUCUCACACUUGGGAUUAAAACAAAAACAUUCUCUCAAUACUUUUUCUCUCUCUCUCUGUAUGUGUGUGUUUAAAGAUUUUAUUUUAUGUCUACAAGUGCUCUAUCUGCAUGUAUACCUAUGUGUCAGAAGAGGGCAUCAGAUCCCAUUACAGAUGGUUGUGAGCCACCAUAUGGUUGCUGAGAAUUGAACUCAGGACCCCUGGAGGAACAGUCUGCUCUUAACCAUUGAGCCAUCUCUCCAGCCCCAAGCCUGAUUUUUUUUCACAUGGGUUAUCAGAAUCAUGUUACCUCCUCAUGGCUUCAAGACAACAGCUUUGUCAACUGAACCAUCUUCCCAGUUCUUCAGUCCUCUUUGUGUAUGAUCUGCGUGUGAAUGCAGGUAUACAUGUAUGUGUUGUGUGUAUGGUGUGUGUGUGUGUGUGUGUGUGUGUGUGUCCUUCUCUGCCUCUUAUCUCACCAUAGGAGUGCUGGGAUUAAAGAUGCAUGCUGCUGUGUCCUACCUGUUUACCUGUUUGUUUGUUUGUUUGUUUGUUUGUUUUGUUUUGAGACAGUUUCUCUGUGUAGCCCUGGCUGUACUGGAUGGAACUCACUAUGUAAACCAGACUGGCCUUGAAUUCAGAGAUCCACCUGCCUCUGCCUUCUGAGAGGAUUAAAGACGUGAACCAGCACGACCUCGCGUGGCUUUUUGUUUGUUUUGUAUUUUUUUGUCUGGUUUGUUCAGUUGGUUGGUUUACAAUGUCUUAAAUAAAUAAAAUAUAUGUA